AUGCCUCGAACACGAGCAUCCUCGGAAGCGAGGUCGACGCGGUCGACGCGGUCGUCUAAGUCACGACAGUCGGGUGAGGCGACGGAACGGUCAGAGGUCACGUCGACGCGAGCAUCGUCGGCGAGCAGCAGCAGCUCGUACACGCCGGCACAGUACGUCAACAUGCUGCACAUGGACCACAUGACGCGCUACAUGCAGUCGACAGAGGCACAGGAAGGGCUGGACACGCUGCUAGAGAUUGUCAAGCACCGCGACGGCGGGCCAGAGGCGCCGGACUACCAGUCAGCACUAAGCGAGCUAGACUACCUCGAGGGCCUCUUCAAGAAGCUGCGGUUCUCGUACAAGGAGCAGCUGACCAAGGAGACGGUGGUGCGGCGGAUUCUGGAGCUGGAGCUGCCGGUGCUGAGCGCGACCGACAUUGACGCGAUGGUGCAGGACACGGAGGCAGAGCGACAGCGACUGCGGGAGAUCAAGAACGUGGCGCGCGAGCAAGGCGCAGCAGCCGAGGCGAUCAUCCGGGAUCUGGCAGGAGAGCGGCAGUACGUAGCGGGAGCCGAGUCGGAGAUGGCGACGCUGCCGGACCGGCUACUGCACCUACGACAUCGGCUGGUGCGGAUGAAGCUAGCACUGCGAGCCGAGCUACAGAGCCUGGACGAGGCGGAGGGGGGGAUGGAGGAGGGGGUGGUGCCGUCGUCGGGGCCGGUCUCGACGGCGUUCCAAUGCAGCCGAUGUGGACGGGAGUUUCACACGGAAGCGUUUUUGGCGCUGCACCAGGCGCUGCACAACGCGCCAACGCUGGCGGUGGGCGAAGAAGGAGGAGCGGCAGCGGCAGCGGAGGCGCUAAUCGGCUGGGACGCAGAGGGUGCAGACGUGGUGCCAGCGUUUCCGAUGCGGCCAUGUCCGGGCUGUUCGGAGCAGGUGGCGGCGCUGUUUUUGGACUCGGCGCCACAGGACGAGACACACGCGGCGCUGCACGCACGGGUGCGGCGGGAGGUGGCGCGGGCGGCCGAGGCGCUGGAACGGCUUGCGGUGGGCGCAGACGCCCAAGACGACGCGCUCGAGCUGCGGUCGGAGACGGAGGAGAUUGUGGUGCGGCUGCAGCUGGACGAGGCUGAGAUGGUUGAGCUGGAGGCGCAGGCACGCGAGGAGGCGGCGCGGCAGGCGGCCAUCGAGGGCGAGACGGCCCAGUCGCUCGACCACCUGCGCGAGUCGGUCGGCAGCAUCCGGCUGGAGAUGAUGCGCAUCGAGCAGGAGGCCGACCGGAUGGUGCAGCACAUGGAGGGCAAGACGUCGGUCGGCCGGACGCUGCAGGAGCAGGCAGAGCUGUUUGGGCUGCUGAUGGGCGAGUGA